UAUGCCGGGAUUGGACGAGUGUUCUUUAUUUUCGUUAGAGAUUGUUAUCGACAAACUUAAACUAAGUAAUUUAAAAUGUCUUUUUCCAACGGUUGCCUUUCGUCUUUUGGACUUCCCAACACUUUUGAUUAAACAUGUGGAGGAUUCACUUGAUAAACAAAUUAAGGCAAAAAUCAAACGUGAUACUACCUAUAAGAUACCAAACCAAUUCAGCGAAUUGAAGAACAAGGAUGGCUACUUUGUUUUUUCUAAAGGAAAAUCAACCUUGUUUAAAGUAUCUUUAAAUGAGUUAUUGCAUCAUUUAAACAACACACCAUUGUAUAUAAUGAUCAUGGAUUCUUUUGCUGAUAAACCUCGACUCGUAGCUAAUUGUCUUAUACCACUUGAUGUUACCAUGAAUAAUCUAUAUCUUGAAAUUAAGAAAAAUGGAUUAUCUGUGCCUUGUGUGAAAAGUCUCAAGGGAACAUUUAAGAUUUAUAAUCUUAUGGGCAGUGAAAUUGGAGAAAUUCACUUAGCCUAUCGAAUUUCAAGUCUUGGAUUCACUUUAAUGGCUCAUCUACCGGAGAAAACUAUUCACAAAGUUGAAAUGCCCAUUGUUAAAGAAAAUUUAGAGAAAGUCAAUAUAUCAAUUCCCACUAAGGGAGCACAAGAAGAGCUAUUACAAAGGAUUAGAGAGGAUAAAGAAAGGUUUACUCAGACAGACACUGAAAUUCCCGAGAUCAAAGAGCAAUCUACCCAAAUAGAAGAUUUUGUUCCUAGGAUGGAUGCAUUCGUUCAGACAGAAAUGAGAAAGAAAAGAUAUGGAUCUAAGCGAACUGAGAACAUAAUUGAAAAUGAAGCUGAUCAUGAAAGCCAUCUGAUAGUGCCAAAUAUUCUUUGUCCGCCUCCUCUAUUCUAUAAUAGUGAACUAGAAAAAACACCAAAAUUUGAUCAUAGCCUACCUUCUGGAUGCAUACCGGCGUGGUGUGAAUCAGAAACGGAAUCAAUUCGAGAAGAAGAUAGAUAUAGUGACGUUGAUUCUAAAGAAUUUGAUGAAAUGCUAAUAAGACAUAAAGCAAAAGUAAGGAAAGAUGAAGAUAAAAGAGUAACCGUAGUUAAGUCUUAUCCAGGUGAGAAGGUUGUCGUUAUGGAUAAGAGUGAAAAUGAGUCUUUAAAGAAAUUCUUUAAUCGAUUCCCAAUGCUAAAUGAAUUGGUUAGAGAACUUACAUCAUUAAGCAAAUUACAAGGAUCAAAAGAAGGGAAAACUGAAUCUCCGUUCACAGCUCAACCAGAAAAACGGGAUAGCAGACAAUCGUUCAUAGAUCGUCUAUCAACUCCUAAGAAAAGCGUUAGCAUUCAUGACGUAGUUCAGGCUAAGUCGUUUCGUCGUCCUUGUAAAGAAAUAGUCGAAGAAAAAAAAAAAGUAAGGGUUAAACCAUCCGAAAAAGAAAGCGUGCAAAAGAAAAAACGUACUGGUAAGCCCGAAUAUGGCAUGACACAUACGCAGCGUCUUCGUCUGGCUGAAAGAAACCCCAAACUCUUAGAGGCUCUAGAAUGCGAGGAAAGAAAACGACUACUUCAAUUUCAAUCAACUUAUAAAAAAACUAUACCGAUAGAACCAAAAUUGGGGAAAGAGAGGUUUAAAUUACCUGCCGAAAGAAACGAUAUACCUACGCCUCGACCAAGAAAAUCAUCAACAAUGUCAGACAUCAGCUUUCGCAAGCCUAUUCCAACUCCACGCCAGAGUAUUAUUCACAAAAUAGAUACGAGCGAACUUGCCGAGGAAUAUCGCAUAAAAUUAGAGAGGGAGUCAUCAAGUUCAUAUAUGACAGCUACAAGCGAUCCUUAUUCCCAUACAGAAACCUUUUUGCCAACUCAAGAAGACAGCAAAGAAAGAGAGUUUGCAAAUGGACAAAAUGAAGAAGAAUAUUAUUAUACAGAUGAAGGUGACUUUUCUGGUGAAGAAGAAGAAGAAUAUCACUAUAAAGGUGAUAAAGCUGACUUUGGAGCAACAAGAAUUAUAAAACCAGCAAUAUCUUUUGAGCCGAAUUUGGACGAUACUGAAUCAGUCAGAGAAUACUCUCCAAGGAGAAAUGUGAUAAGAAAUUCAGAUGACGAUGACCGUACGAGACUGACAGACAAAACUCAAAAGAGUUUGGAACCAUUAAAGAGUUCAAUAUCUCCAGAAGUUCAAGACGAUAAAACAGAGAGGACUUUGCCACCAACAAGAGCAGUUGUUGGUAACACGCCCACUCCAUCAGAGUCGAGGACACCUUCGCCUAGAUUAGCAAAAUAUCAAGGGGGAUCAGUCGAGAGUUCCGUUGAAGAGUCAAGUGAAUACCGUCCCAAAUCUCCCCGAAGACCUAGAAUUUCAAGACUCGAAAGUGUACAUACAGAAUCUGUAAGCUCAUAUUGCCCCAGUGACGACGAAAUGAGUGAUUUAGACGACGAAAGUCUAGCACUAAACAUAAAGCCUAUUAGUGAACUUAGGCCUAGUGAUCAAGCGAAGAAAAAGCUAGGAUAUACCUGGGGAAAAACUUUACACGAUCUAUCAUCAAGAGACCUACAAAUGGCAGAAGAAACCAAAAAUCGAAUUAAUAAUUCGCAAAUUUUAAAAAUCUUAAAAAAUGUUGGUCCUCAUCAAUGGCCUAUUGUUUUCUCACCGGAGUACAAUAUUAGCUUUUUUGGUAUGGAAAAGGUUCAUCCAUUCGACGCGGGAAAAUGGGGGAGAAUAUUCGAUUUUUUGAAAGAGGCUUCAAUGUUGUCAAAUGAUGAUAUUGUACAACCAUGUGAAGCUAGUGAAAGUGAUUUACUGGUUUACAGACAAUUAGCAAAUGUUCUGUUCAAUGAGGUUGAUAGAGAAAACAUUGUUCGACUAGAACAUAAAUAUUUGUUUGAUAAAGUUGUAGAAAUUCCCCCUGUUGCUUUAGUUCCUAAUUUUAUCGUUCAACGAAAGGUUAUGAAACCACUAAGAUAUCAGACUGCGGGAACUAUUCUGGCUGCUCAAUUAGCAAUCAAGCGUGGUUGGGCGAUAAAUAUCGGCGGGGGAUUUCAUCAUUGUUCACACGAUAAAGGCGGUGGAUUCUGUGCUUAUGCCGAUAUCACAUUAGCAAUCAGAUUCUUACAAUCUACUUUUCCUGAUCAUUGCAAACGAAUCUUAAUUGUCGACCUAGACGCCCAUCAAGGAAACGGUCACGAAAGAGAUUUUUUAAGUGAAGGCGAAUGUGUAAAAAUUUUAGAUGUAUAUAAUCGAAAUAUUUAUCCUUUCGACGGCUAUGCUAAAAGAGGAAUAUCUUGGAAAGUUGAACUUCCUUCUUAUACAAAGGAUGAUACUUACUUAAACAUAAUUGACAAGUACGUGAAAAUUGCCUUGAACAAAUUUCAACCCAAUUUUAUACUAUAUAACGCCGGGACUGACGUUCUAACUGGAGAUCCUCUUGGAUGUCUAGAUAUUACAGCAGAUGGUAUUAUCUCUAGAGAUCAGAUUGUUUUCACGGAAGCUAGAAAGGAAAAUAUUCCUAUAUUAAUGGUCACUAGCGGAGGAUAUCAAAGAUCAACAGCUACUAUAAUUGCGGAGAGUAUAUUAAAUUUACGAAAACUAAACUUAAUUGGCCUAUCAGGUGAAGAGACGCCUCGGCACGAUGAGAAUAUUCAAGCUCAAUUAGGCAAUGAAAAUGCACCAUUAACCGUUUAG